UUCGUCUCUUCAGUCUAAAACCCAAAACCCAAACGCCUACUCAAAGGUUGCAACUUUCAAACCCUUUAUUCUCUCUCACUUUCCCUUUUUCUACUCUCUAAUCUCUCUCCUCCUCUCUGUUUCUCUCACCGCGACACACACACUCACGCUCGCACAAACACGCAGGAACUCUUUCACAUACAUGCAUACGGCAAGCAGGCGGACAGAGGGGUGUACGCGAGCGUGAAUGCGCUAGUCUUUUUCAAUGUUAAGGUUCCGUGAGAUGGAUUGAUCGUACGCCAUUCUUUUUUUUCUCUUGAUACUUGGGGUACAUAAUUUUUCGUGAAAAAUUUCUCUUCGGUGACUGGUCAAAAUCUUUCUGGUGUUCUCCGCCAUUCUUUUAAGUUUUAAAAUCAUGUGUAAAAUCUCAACGCUACUUGCAGCAGGUUUAUUCUCCCCUCUUCGGUGUUUGUGAGUUGCGCGUAAAUCCUCUUCAUCGAGAGGUACAGAACUGGGUUACAAUUCUUCAUAAUUGUAACGAGUCGAAAAUAAGGUUCACCUGUGCUUAUAGGGUGUAUGCAUCAUUGUACUGCUGCUGUGAAAAUGACUGAGAUAGGAAGAUCUGCAGCUAACCCUUCAAAGAAGUCAUCAUUGACACCUAAGGCAAUUAUACACCAACGAUUUGGUGAUAAGGCCUGUUAUAAGGUUGAGGAAGUACAAGAUUCAACUCAAGAUGUUUGUCCAGGUUUAGCUAUUCCACAAAAGGGGCCGUGUCUUUAUCGGUGCACUCUGCAUCUUCCUGAGGCUACUAUUGUCUCGGGCACCUUUAGAAGGAAAAAGGAUGCUGAGCAAUCGGCUGCUGAGAAAGCCAUAGAAAAGCUGGGCAUCUGUCAGAAGGAAUAUAAUCCCACCAUACAGGAAGCUUGGGAUGAUUUGGCAGGUCGUGUUGCUUUUCUAUUUGCAAAUGAGUUCCUUUCAUCUCCCCAUCCACUCAGUGGUCACUUCAGAGCAGCAUUGAGAAGAGAUGGCGAUUUCAAUGGUCAUAUUCCAGUUUCGGUAAUUGCAGUUUAUGAUGCAAAGAUUGGUAAUAUAUGCAAAUACAUAAAUCCUGCGGCUGAGGCAAAUUCACUGCUAGUGAUGUUACUAGUUAUGAGGGCAGCAGCUAAACUGACUGAUUUGGCAUUGAUAUCUGAUAAGCAAUUUUCACUAUGGAGGAGAAAUCCAUAUCCUCCAGAGGUUGUAUCUUCUGUAAUGCAAGAACCAAACUUCGCAAGCGUUCCAAUUGAAGUAAUACAUAUUCCAGCUCCACUGGACAAGACCGUUGAACCUUUGACGCUUCACGUUAAUGCAACUGGUUAUUACCUAGAUACUAUUGCUCGUCAGCUAGGUAUGUCGGAGGCUUCAGAUGUUCUGAUUUCCAGAACGAUUGGCAAGGCUACCUCUGAAAUGAGAAUAUAUUCCUCUGCUCCCAAGAGAAAUAUGUUAGACCACAUUUCAGAGCCUCAAGUGAAAGAAGCAAGCCACUUUGAAGGAUCUUUAAAUGCCCGGGCAAGUUACUUUACUGGUCAGGAAGUAUAUGGUGAUGCCAUUUUAGCUUCUGUAGGGUAUACAUGGAAGUCUACAGAUCUUUUCCAUGAAGCUGUUUCCCUGCGCUCGUAUUAUAGGAUGCUUGUCAACAAGAUACCUAGUGGAGCAUACAAGAUAUCUAGAGAGGCAAUACUUACUGCUAAUUUGCCUUUAGCUUUUACAACAAAAAGCAAUUGGAGAGGUUCCUUUCCGAGAGACACACUUUCUACAUUCUGCCGUUUUCACCAUUUGUCUGAACCUGUCUUCUCUAUUCAAAGCAAUCUAUUGGAUCCCUCACUAGAUUUACCAGGAUCCCGUAAAAAGUUGAAAGCUAUGCAGUCGAGUAAGGAAGAAAAAAGUGGAUCAGGUCUGGCUGCUACUACUGGGGAUCCAGUGGGAUCUAUCGAAGUUUUUACUUGUGAAGUAAAGAUACAUUCCAAAAGUCAGGAGUUAAUCUUACAGUGCUCGCCUCAAGAAUCUCAUAGAAAGCAGACGGAUGCCAUGCAAAGUGCUUCUUUGAAAGUUCUGUCAUGGCUGAACAUAUUUUUCGAAAACCCAGAUAUGUCCUUAGAGAAGAUGAACUUAUUGGCAGAAAAGCUUGACAUUCACUUUACCCCUCGUUACUUCUUUAAGGAAUUUGCCUUAUGUCAUUUGAUGCAUGACUUUGGGAGCAACAGGACUCUAGCUUACAGUGAUAAUGCGAAUGAAAAUGAACCAUUUCUUAUUGAUAUUGGGGGUCAAAACUCAGGAGUCACUCCAUCUAAUGGUUCUUUAGCAUGCAUAAGCUACAGCAUUUCAUUGUUUAGAGAAGGAGACUGCAUGAAAGAACAUCUCGAAAGCUCUGAAGAGUUUGACUUUGAGAUUGGCAAUGAAGCCGUUUUGCCUCAUGUUGAAGCAGCUGUGGCGCAGAUGACUGUUGGUCAAUCUGCAAAUUUUCGAGUGAAGUUGCCUCCGAGUGAGUUCAUUUUGGCAGUGGCUGCCAAUUCUGCAGAAACUCUAUCAUUAUUAUCAUCAAGAAGCUGCAAAUUGGAGUACAAUGUAACUCUGUUGCAGGUGACAGAACCAUUGGAAGAGCGAAUGGAGCAAGCUCUGUUUAGCCCCCCUCUUUCAAAGCAGCGUGUGGAAUUUGCAUUGGAGCAUAUUAAAGAAUCUUCUGCGGCCUCUUUGGUUGAUUUUGGUUGUGGUUCUGGAAGUUUAUUGGAUUCCUUGCUGUCAUAUCCAACUUCCCUGGAGAAGAUUGUUGGAGUUGAUAUUUCACAGAGAGCUCUUGCAAGAGCAGCUAAGUCACUCCACUCAAAGCUAAACAGAUUACUGGAUUCUAAGGAGUCAAGUAGCAAAAUCAAAUCUGCUGUGUUAUAUGAUGGUUCCAUCAUGAAAUAUGAUUCUCGACUGCAUGGAUUUGACAUUGGGACUUGCUUGGAGGUGAUUGAGCAUAUGGAGGAACAAGAUGCAUGCUUAUUUGGAGAUGUAGUGCUCAGCUCUUUCAGUCCCAGGAUCCUUAUCGUCUCCACCCCAAAUUAUGAGUACAAUGUGAUUCUCCAGGGAUCUGCUCCUCACGGCCAAGAAGAGGAUCUAGACGAAAGGAAUCAGGCACAAAGUUGUAAAUUCCGAAACCAUGAUCACAAAUUCGAAUGGACCAGGUCUCAGUUCAAUGAAUGGGCAUCUGGCCUGGCAGCAAGGCAUAACUAUAGUGUUGAAUUCAGUGGCGUUGGUGGUGCUGCUGAUGUUGAACCUGGGUUUGCAUCCCAAAUUGCAAUUUUUAGAAGGCCUGAAGACAAUCUGAAGGAUAUGGAGUUAGCUAAAAACUAUGUGCCAAUCUGGGAGUGGAGUAGGCAAGAUGUUACCCACCAGGAACCAUAGAUUUCUUGCUGAAAUCCAUAUAUUCUAUUACAAAAAGAAGAAAAAAAAGAAUUAAGUCGAUAUAGCUUCUUAUAUUCUUUUUUUUCUUUGACUUCUACCAAUGAUACAUAUAGUAUACAAUUGAACUAUGGUGGUUGUAUGAUGACCAAAUUUUAUAACUCAAGGAAGAUGGAGGGUUUUCCAUA